AUGUCAAAAUUAAAGCUGAUAUCAGUAACUGACACACAGCUUCCCACGAAGUUGCUGGAGUCCAUCAAUGAGCUGCGAAACAGUGGACUAUUCUGCGAUGUGACCAUAAUCGUUCAGGACCGCAAGUUCCAGGCACACAGGCUAAUGCUAGCGGCAUCUAGCUCUUACUUCCGGCAACUGUUUUCAGUCGCAAAACAAGUGAUUGAGCUCAAUUUUAUAAAGGCAGACAUAUUUCAAGAAGUGCUGAACUACAUAUACAGCUCAAAAAUUACUCGGAUUCGGUCCGACAAGCUGGAGGAUCUCAUCAGCGCUGGCCAGGUCUUAGGUGUCGACUUUAUUGCCAAUCUCGCAACGCCGUUGGCACAAGUCAAGAGCCUUCCUGGCUUGUCAAAAGAAGCAGAAAACAGCAAUGUUAACGCCGCUGAGAAAACGGAGUCUGGAUCAAAAAACAUGCCGAUCAUCACUGAAUCGUUUUCUUUGUCCGCUGAAGAAUUCGGUAUGGUUAACACCAACGCCGUUGAGAAGGAGGACGCUGACAAUGAUGUUCUUUUUGUUUCAAAAACAGAAGUCCCAAAAACUCAGAAGACAAAAUCCUCCGACGUUAUCGAUGUAGAUACAGACGAACCAGAAACUAAAAAGCAAAAAGUCUCAACUAAAGAAGAUGUGAACCCUGAAGUGGAAAAACCCCAAGAGGAGAAUUCUAAGGUCCAUUCUGAAGGUGAAGUGAGAGAGGAAUUACAGGACAACCCUCAACCUCAACAAGUCACACCUCCACCUGUGAUCACCCCAAACACCAACACCAACAGCAGCCUUUCCACACCUUCUGUAAAAUCAUUUACACAGAGUGCUCCUUCUACCCCAACUCAAGCAAACAGUGCCUCCUUAAAUUCCUGUCUGCUUCCGGAAGUGUGUGAAGUCCUUGGAGUCCAGAAGAAGAAAGUAAUGCUGGAGCAGUCACCAGAUCGGCCAGGCAAAAUCAAACUUUCAGAUGUCAGACCAUCCUUUAGCACUGAUAGUGUAUCAGGUUUGGACGUUACACUGACCAAGAAGACGAUAACAUUAGACAAAGCUUCUGAAAUUGACUCACUCUCAGAAGGAUGCAAGGUGUACGCCAACAUAGGGGAGAACACGUAUGAUAUUGUUCCUGAGAAAGAGUUCAUGACUGAAGGGGAGGCACAGACCACUUCUGGAAAAAAACCACAACCGCCUGUAGAAGGUGCAAGCAACGUGACCAGCACUUCACCCCCCGGCAAGAAGAAGGGAAAGGAAAAGGAUCAUUACGAGCUUGUUAUGGAUGGAAAGACUUUUUACGUGUGCGCCGUUUGCAAGCGGCCCUACGUUUGUCUGACCAGCCUCAGGCGCCACUUUAACACGCACUCGUGGGAGAGGAAGUACCCAUGCCACUACUGCGAUAAGGUGUUCGCUCUGGCUGAAUACAGAACCAAACACGAGCUCACUCACACCGGCGAGAGGAGGUACCAGUGUCUGUUAUGUAACGAAAUGUUCCUCAACUACCAGCUUCUGUCCACUCACUGCAAGCAAAUGCACAACCGGGACCCGUCGGGCCGCAAGCAUAAGGAUGAGACGCACGACCAGUUGUACCGCCUGCUCCCGUUUAAGGGCUCGCAGUCGAAACCGUACUCUUUCGCUCCGGAUGAUCCAGAAGGAAUUCCGAUGAUAAACGAAGACGGGACCGUACAGCACGUCAGCCUGGACGAACCAAACUUCCCAGAGGAGGAACUUACCUCCAGCGAAAGCAAAAUGUUAAGAUGGGAUGACAUCUUUGUCGAGCCCGACGCGCACACUCGACCGGGGGCGCACGCGCGACUCGGGUCCAUGCCUCAUACAACAAACCAAAUGAACGUAGAGAACACGACGACAGAGUUUGAAUUUGUCAUACCAGAGACAUACUGAGCAGAUUUCUAAUAAUUGAGCUUCAUGGUGCCUUUUAUUGUUUGAGUCUGAGGCUACAUUCACACUGCAGGAUUUAAUUCGUCCAUGUUGUACUAGGUUGUUCAAAUUCUAUUUUUAAAGUGUUCUGUGUCUGAAUAUUCUCGCUACUAAAACAACACCCCCUUACUGUUGAAAAAAGAACAUUUCUACACCCAAAAAUAAUGUCAGUGGUAAAGAUCACUAGACAGUAGUAACUCAGUGGGUAAGGUACUGGACCAGCAAGCUGAAAUUGUGCCACUGUUGGGCCCCUGAGCAAGGCACUUAACCCCUUCAAUUUGUAUUCAGUAAGUCGCCUUGGAUAAAGGCGUCUGCUAAAUGCAGAAUGUAAAAUGUAAAUGUCACUGCUCCAGUCCCACCACUACCAGGUUGCCGCUGUUUGGCCCUCAAGCAAGGCCCUUAUUCCUCAAUUGCUUGCAUUGUAUAUGGUCACAACUGGAAGUUGCUUUGGAUAAAAGCAUCUACAAUCAUCUGUUAAAAAUGUAACACUAUUUAUUUCCUUUUCAUCAAUCACUUCAACGGGGCGCCAAUGCAUCGCAGGUCUAGUAAUGUCCGAACCUGGAUGUCACCAGUGGUGGGCUAGGGUAAUAGAUUGAUCGCCACUUGAUUGCCACCGGAGUACUCUAAUACUAUGUAAUUAUUUUAUAAUACAUACACCGAUCAG